CAAAACAACUCUGAAUUAGUAUACAUUUGACGAACAACCAAGGCGUCAAAGGCUACACUUUUUUUUAUGUUGGCCGUUUCAAAUGCCUUUCUACAGUUCUGUGUUUAUUUGUGGAAUUCUUGCAUUUCUGCAGAUGUUGCGAGUUGCUGAUACAGUAUCCACCAAUAGAGAUGGUAAUUUUACAUGUAAUGCGUGUUCAUAUGUUUAUCCAAACAACGACGGAAUAAGCUGUCUGAACAAUACAAACUCUUUGAAACUGCUUCCUGGAAAGUCUCUCAAUUGUGACAAUUACUGUUAUACCAGCGAAGUGUGGGAUAAACGUACACGCCAAGUGAAAUCGUUAUUUAGAUCCUGUGGAAACUUUGUGGGUAACGAUUGUUAUGAUGACCCGUAUGCUGGUCAAGUGAAUUGUAAGACAUCAUGCAAAGGAGAUUACUGCAACAAUUAUACCGUAGAUGAGGGACGCAUUGAAACUUUGUGUGAAAGAUUUCAGUGUUAUAACACUGGACUGACAGUUACUUACUCAAAUGCUUCUUUGACAAUUCUUAUUAUUAGUCUGUGUAUUGUUAUUACUGCAUAUAUUUCUUAAAGACCCACAUUCAAUAUAAGUGCUGUUGAACUGU